CUCCACGGGGCUAACAGCGCCGCUCUCAGCCGCUGGACUUCAUACGUGUCGGACGCGUACAGUUACUGUUAAGGAAAAUAAUAGUUAUAAAUGGCUGACCAGGAGAUGGAAGGACAAGAUUUCUCGGAAGAUUAUUCCGGAGGAGAUUUUCAAGGCAACGGCAUGGAGAAUGGUGAUGGUAUGGCGACUCAGGAAUGCACGGGAGGCGGUACUAAUAAAGACGACAGCGGCGCAGCGGACGCACCCGGCAGGGACGAUGACAGGAAACUGUUUGUUGGAGGCCUGAGUUGGGAAACUACAGAAAAAGAGCUAAGGGAGCACUUCAGUAAAUACGGCAAUAUUGAGAGCAUAAAUGUAAAGACGGACCCAAACACUGGUAGAUCAAGAGGAUUUGCAUUUAUUGUCUUUGGUAGCCCAGAUGCCAUUGAUAAGGUUAUAAAUGCUGGCGAUCAUGUUAUCAAUGGAAAGAAGGUGGAUCCAAAGAAAGCUAAAGCUCGCCAUGGCAAAAUCUUUGUUGGUGGCUUAAAAGCAGAUCUUUCUGAUGAUGAUAUCAAAAGUUAUUUUGAAAAGUUCGGUACUAUAAUUGAUGUUGAAUUACCAUUUGAUAAACAAAAGAACCAGAGGAAAGGCUUUUGUUUUAUCACUUUCGAGCAAGAGCAAGUUGUCACCGAAUUGUUAAAGACUCCAAAACAGAGCAUAAAUGGUCACGAAGUUGACGUUAAGAAAGCUACACCCAAGCCUGAUGCCAUGGGAAUGAUGCGAGGGGGUAUACGUGGUGGUACAGCCAUCAGAGGCACUCGUGGCACUACUAUGCGUGGUAGAGGAAGAGGAUGGGGCGCAAAUUGGAACCAGGGAUAUGGCGGCUAUGGACAGGGGGGCUAUGGAGGAUAUGGGAGUUAUGGUGGCUAUGACUACGGCUAUGGUGGAUAUGGGGGAUAUGGUGGUUAUGGUGGCUAUGGUAAUGAUUACUAUGGCUAUGGCAGCGGGGGAUAUGGUAGUUAUGGCCCUUACCAGGCGGCCAAGGGUACGACGGGAAGAGCCAGCGUGGGCGGCAGCAGACGCGGCACCAACCAUAUUGAGAGUGGUCGGCGUGGUGAAUACGACAACACGUGGAACGGCACCGAGUACUAAGUGUUGCCUGCUCUCAUGAUGCUGCGAAGCCUGAAGUGCUGCAACACAGCAACGCCUGCGUCCAUGUCAAGUUGCCCCAUCUAUAUUUAAAAUAUUUAUAAAAAUGGAAAAUGACAAAAUGUGAAUGUCACAACAAAAACAUUUAUAGUUCAUGUGAAGCAUUCCUGUGUACAGGCAAUUUCACUGUACUCUGGACAGUUCAUACAAAUAAUUUUUUUACGUAAUUUUAAGAAUUUUAUUUCUCAUGGCUGUACAGUCCUACAUGUAUGAAUAAAUGCGAUUUUUUUGUGUA